GCCCAGUGGAGAUGCUGUGGCGGAGAACCUCGGAUAAACCCUAAUGCAAUUUAAUUCCAAGCACCUUCUCCUUUAAUUCAUCUUCGUUCAUCCAUUCUUGUUGUCUAUGUGAUCCUCAACUUCUCGCGUUUAAUCUCGCGGUAUUGAUUAUCUAAAUGGUGCCACGGAGAACGACAAGGCACAGUCGAUCCACGAUGGUUCGGCCAGUGACCUUCUCCUCCUUUGCUCGAACAGUUGCUAAUCUUGCCACAGCUUACAUAAGCAAGCGUCAAAAGCCUGACUUGAAGCUACAAAGACCUUCUCCUAGUUCACCAGGAGAUGGAUUUGUUGAGCAAUCCUUGGAAGAGAAGAGUGAACGGUCUGAGUCUUCUGAGGAAGAAGAGCUCGAAGGAGUUAUCCAAGCAGAUUUUGUCUUCUUUGAUCCUAAACCUGAUGAUUUUCAUGGAGUGAAGAUGUUGCUGCAAAAUUACCUUGAUGAUAAGCUGUGGGAUUUGAGUGGUUUUGUAGACUUGAUAUUGGGACAGACCACAGUGGGGACUGUUGUUAAAAUAGAAGAUGAUGAAGAUGAUGGACUGUUUUCUGUUGUUUCAGUCCUUAACUUGGGGAGAUAUAAGGAUCAUAAAUGUAUCAUGGAGAUCAAGGAGUUUCUCUUCAAAGUUUGUCUUGACAGAAAUGUAAUAGAUGAUUUGAGAUUACUUUGGGCAGAGCAAGCACAUGAUGUAGGUAUCUUGGUCUCUCAGCGUGUCGCCAAUCUUCCUGUCCAACUUUUGCCAACUCUUUAUAAUGCUCUUUUCGAUGAAGUUUUAUGGGCUACAGAAGAUGAGCCGACAGAGGAGCUCAGGAAGGCUUUCUGCUUCAAGUCAUAUUUGAUUGUGAGUAAAAUUUACAAGCACAAGAAUGCAGACCACAAAAAAGGGAAAAGCAGUCACAAUGAGGAAUUGAUAAUAUACAUUAAGCCUGAAGAUGAAAUUUUUCACAAGCUCUGCUUGUGGUCUUUCUAUUUUCCUUUGCACUCAGAGCAUGUAACAACUCAUGAGGUAAGAAACUACAGGUUAAUGGGGUUAGUCAUGGCUGUUGAGGCAGACAAAAUUUCUAGUUUCCGUGGGGAGUUGCACUCUUUGAUUGAUGACUUCUGAAGUCCCAUUAAAGAUGCAUCAACUUUCAAGUUGAUAGCCUUUUAAUUUUUCUUCUUCUGACAUGUGUGCUAAAAUUUUGUCAAUUUGUCAUGGUAAGUUGAUCACAACUUUACUUAUAGGUUAUCUGGGUGCCAAGGUUGUGAUUUCUUUCUCCACUGAGAGCAGUUAAUCGGGUUUGGGGAGGAAUUCCUUUUUGCAUUUACAAUCACCACUCAACUUAGACAGGUUUAUGGAAACUGAAAAAAAUUAACUUGUCACAUAUGUACUUAAUUAUUGGGAUUCUUGUAUGCUUUGAAUUAUUUUUCUUCCCCUU